GCAGCGCUAGCUACCCAAUAACUGUUCUUUGGUAACGUUAGCUACAAUACUCCAUCAACAGCAAUUCAUUUGCCAGUUUAAAACAGUUUCUAUUUAAUACGAGUACAGCAUAGAGAGGUUAUAAUUUACUUAAAUUCAUAUCGUACACACCGUGACAUUAGCGGCUUCACUUCAGAAUUUUGUUCACCUGCGGAACUGGUGGCCUAAUUUUGAAGGUUGUUUUCUAAACCACGCCUAAUCAAUGACGUUUGCUUUUUUGACGUUUAGCUUUCGUGAGCGCAUUGGAGGUGGUUUAGCUAGCUAUCUAACUGUUAUAUUCUACUUUCCUGGGCCGCAGAGCAUAGUAGCUUAUUUUCCUAAAGAAACCAGGAAGUUUUGGUAACGUUACCGAACCUGUAUCAGUAGCUACACACCAUAGUACGAUUCGACAUUCGUCAGAUAUGAAUCCAGAUAUUCGAAGAGAACGAGAGAAUGCUAGUUUCAACGUGGAUAUACUCACAAAUAUUAUAGAUGGCGGUCCAGAGAAAACUCGAAGGAGGAGAGAGAUCGAGACUCUGGUGAUCAGCGAUCCAGACUUUCAGCAUGACGAUAUCAAUUUCAUGUCGAGGAGUGAGCGAUACGACGCUGCCGUGAAGAAGAGCGCACAGAUGAUCAUGAAACUGAGAGAAUAUGGCAUCUCUGACCCAGAGGAGAUUUAUUGCUACAAGAGCUGUGUGCAGCGUGGGCGAUCCGGGCCCCUGGAACUGCACCUGGGGAUGUUCCUCCCUACCCUGCUGAACCAGGCCACACCCGAGCAGCAGGACACCUUCUUCAUGCCUGCCUGGAACCUGGAGAUCAUCGGCACCUAUGCUCAGACAGAGAUUGGCCACGGGACCCAUAUCCGUGGUCUGGAGACGACUUCCACCUAUGACCCAUCCACCCAGGAGUUUGUUCUGAACAGCCCCACGAUCACCUCCAUUAAGUGGUGGCCAGGAGGAUUGGGGAAGACCUCGAACCACGCGAUCGUCCUGGCGCAGCUGCACACCCAAGGAAGAUGUCACGGCCUGCAUGCCUUCAUAGUGCCCAUCCGCUGUAUGAAGACUCACAUGCCUCUACCAGGAGUUGUGGUGGGUGACAUCGGGCCAAAAUUUGGCUUUGACGAGGUAGACAAUGGCUACCUGAAGCUGGAGAAUGUGCGAAUCCCUCGGGAGAACAUGCUGAUGAAAUAUGCGAAGGUGGAGCCUGACGGGACCUAUCUGAAGCCUCCCAGUGACAAGCUGACCUAUGGCACCAUGGUGUUCAUCCGCUCCAUGAUUGUGGGAGAUUCGGCCCGCGCCCUGUCCCAGUCCUGCACAAUCGCCAUCCGCUACAGCGCUGUGCGGCACCAGUCUGAGCUGCGACCGGGUGACCCUGAGCCCCAGAUCAUGGACUACCAGACCCAGCAGUACAAACUCUUUCCUCUGCUGGCCACUGCCUACGCCUUCCACUUUGUGGGUCAGUACAUGGGCAAGACUUAUCAUCGCAUCGCCGGUGACAUCAGCCAGGGUGACUUCAGCGAACUGCCUGAGCUGCACGCUCUGUCGGCGGGACUGAAGGCCUUCACCACGUGGACGGCCAGCGCCGGGAUCGAGGUCUGUCGCAUGUCCUGCGGGGGCCACGGCUUCUCCCACUGCAGUGCCCUUCCCGCCAUCUACGUCAACUUCACCCCCACCUGCACCUACGAGGGCGAGAACACGGUCAUGAUGCUGCAGACUGCCCGGUACCUGGUGAAGAGCUACACUCAGGCCAGCGCAGGCCAGCGGCUGAGUGGCAUGGUGUCCUACCUGAACCAGUCCUCCACCCGACUGCAAGCCCAGUCCGUCUCCGCUCGGCCCACCGUGCUGGACGUCCGCGACCUCGCCAGCCUGGUGGAGGCCUACAAACUUCGGGCUGCCAGGCUGGUCGGAGCUGCAGCCAGGAACCUGCAGAUGGAAAUGCAGCACAGCAAGAGGAAGGAAGAUGCCUGGAACAACACCUCUAUUGACCUGGUCAGGGCAUCGGAUGCCCACUGUCAUUAUGUGGUGGUGAGGUUGUUUGCAGACAAACUGGGGGAGGUGGGCGACACUGGGGUUCACUCUGUCCUCAAUAACCUCGCCCUGCUCUACGCCUUGCAUGGAAUCACCCAGCACUCAGGGGACUUCCUACAGGCUGGCCUGCUGAGUGUUCCCCAGCUGUCCCAGAUCUCCCAGCGGGUAAAGGAGCUCCUGUCCCAGCUGCGGCCCAAUGCCGUGGCCCUGGUGGACGCCUUCGACUACCAUGAUGAGAUGCUGAACUCCUCCCUGGGCCGCUACGAUGGAAACGUCUACGAGCACAUGUUCGAGUGGGCCAAAAAGUCCCCCCUCAACCACACAGAGGUUCAUGAGUCCUAUCAUAAAUAUCUGAAACCCCUGCAGUCCAAGCUGUGAGGUGCUGAUGGUUGGCUCCCAGAAAUGCAUACAAUCGCAGCAGUAUACUAACCACAUGCUUUCAAAUAUUUCGCUUGGGUAAAUUUGUUUGUAAUUAUCUUGAAAAUGGUCAAUUUUCCACACCUGUUUUUUCCACAACUGAAGAUUGAAGAGUGUAAAUAAGACAUGGUUGAAGAAUACAAUGGAGUAACUGACUGAAUGUGUAGAGAUGAGCUCCCGAUUAAUUUUUUAUAUCGGGUACCGAUGCCUUCUGCAGGGGCCGACGACACACACACCAUGCAGACUGUUCCCCUGACUCUCUUGGCUUGGUGUAUUUCUGGCUUCAAAAAUGCUUACCUUUUAUUGUUUUUGCCGAUAAUAGAAAUCAUAUGUCCAGUCCAUUUACUACUUUCUUUAGCACUAAAUAACUUUUGGAGUGCUACAGAUUUGUAGUGCAUGUUAAAGCUGCUGUUGGUAACUUUUUAUUUUUUAUUUAAUUUUUUCUUUUUUAAUGAAAUAACGGUCAUUCGACGUAUAACUAGAUGUAUUGAGAGACAGAGUUACUCUGAAUGGUGGAUAAACAUUGGAUAAUUCAGAAGGUGGUGACGGCUUCAGGAGAAGUUGGAGUUGAGACCAAUGCAGAGCUAACGUUAUAAGUACGUGAAGUUAGGCAGUUUGCGUGUAGCCAUUUAUCACCUUUUGCAGUACACCAUUGUUUGUCUGGGAGACCUGUCACAACGCCCUCCUCCUUAUUUUAUUCAUCAAUUUUUAUUUUGUCUUAUUUGACUUGAAUCGCUAGAUUUUUUUGAUCUGUAUUUUCUUUAUUUUUAUUUUUCAUAAAAAGCACAUUGUGUUACAGAUUUGUAUGAAAUGUACUCCGUAAAUAAAGCCUGAUUGAGUGGCUGAUUAGGAUAUAGUCACUCGCCUUUAGUGACUAGUGACAUCAUAAGAUAAGACAAUUGUAUCAUUGUAAGCCAGAGGUGCAUCCAGAGGAACAGGAUGGAUGGUGAUCAGAAUAGAGCCACACUACUGCCGGACAUUAAGAGUCUGUGUAUUGUGUAACUGUUAGUUCUGUACAGAGGAAUGGUUAACGUGUCAUUUUGGAGUGAUGCCAUUCAAUCUGUAAUCCUGCAGGGGGGUGGGGGUGUAUGCAGGGCUGUUGAGAAUUUAAGUCACCAACUGCAGCUUUAAGUCUUUAUUCAUUUAAGAUUUAUUCUGCUGUAGAAUGUUAGUGAUAAUGAUUAUUGUUUUAUGCGUUGAUUUAGAUGUUGAUUUUGAUCAAUAAAAAUACUGAUUUAUUAUAAUUGUGUGGAGACAAAGGAAAACAGUUGUGCCUUGAAUGUGGAUGAGCAUUACAUGUGUAAGGGUAAUACAGAAUCAUGAUUGCACUGCCUGUGUUGUGAGUGGGUUACAGCACAGAAAUCGGACCAUCCAUUUGUGAGACCUUAAUGUGUUCUGUGGACACCACAGUAUACAGUAUAAAUAAUAAUAAUAAUAAUAAUAAUACUACAUAAAAAUAGGGGUGAAUGGCUUGCACACUGGAUUGUGGAAGAAUAAUAUAUUGGGUAUAUUGGGUAUUUUAGUCUAAGGCCUCACUGGAUUAAAACCUGUCUGUAGAUAGUGUAAGAACAAAAUGAUUGCAAAUUCAUAUACAGGCAUGUUGCUUAUUGUGUACAAUAAGGCAAUUCCAUGGUAAACAAUGUUACAAAUACAGUAUAUUUGCAUAGUAAAGUCCAAUAGAGCUACACAAGAGACUGACAGGGUUAUUUGCUUCUGAUGGUGAUAGAAGCUUAUAACUAUUAUGUAGCUGAAUAGACCCUUUUCACUCAAAUAUCUGGCUGUUGUAAUGUCUGUUACUAUGGUAUUGCCCAAGAUAUGAAUCUGGUAAAUUUGCUUUUGGGUGUUCUUUUUACAACUGGCUGAUGCAGUCAGUUACUGGAGUAGACUAACAAAUGUAAAAACCAUGGUUUUACUGAAUCAUUGGUCACAUUCUUGGUGAAGAACAUCUGCCUGAUUAUGUAAAUGCUAAUAUCUGAUUGUUUUUAGUUGUUAUUCUUUAUUUGUGUGAGAGACUUUACUGAUCAGUAGUACAAGUUGUUUGGCAUGGAUUCUCACUGUUCCAAUGUGCCUGUUUGCCAAUUCUUUUUUUUUGUUUUGUACAAGAAUAAUAGCUUUAAUCGUGUAAAGUAGAAAUAAAGAUUGAUUAUAUAAUUAAGUACACAUGCUUUUAACCCUUUGUUAAUUGUUAUUGUAUACAUGUCACAUUAAUUUGUUAUUAAUAAAGGAAAAGUGACUUGACAA